UCGCCCACACUGCCUCUCGGUUGACGCAUAAAACUCUCUCUCUCUUUUUCUCCAUCGCCUCCAAUCAUCGCUCCCUCCCCGCACCCCACCUGGCCCGGCUCCCCUCUUUCCUCAGCUUUCCUGCCCUCGAUUCCCCGAGCCAUUGCUUCCAAAAUCUCGGAAUCCGAACCAAUUGGACUCUGCCAGUUCUAGGGUUUCUACUCCUGCUGUAGAGCGAUCUCGAGUUCAGCUGGAGGGAUCUCGGAGCGCCCACCAAGGGCAUUGCUGGGAGAAGAGAGGUUGCUUAAUGAAGUACCAUCCUGCCUUUUUGGUCAUAUUGGCAUAGGAGGUACCUCCAGUCUGUCAUAUAACUUGAGAGCUGUGGAAAGUGCUAAUCAGUGAAGAGGCUUAUAGAUGGGAUUAUCAUAAUUACUGGUUGACUUCUAACAUCAUUUAUUUUUCUCUGUACCCUUGAACCUAAUCAGAGAUUGAGUAUAUAUAGAAACGCUUGUCGUGAUAAUUGUGUAUUUUUCUAUAAAUAAAAUGCCACCAUGGUGGGGAAAGUCUUCUUCUAAAGAUGUAAAGAAGAAGUCAAGCAAGGACAAUUUGAUCGAUACAUUACAUCGAUUCAUAACUCCAACUGAACAAAAAAGAAAUGUUAGAUCAGGAGGAUCUCGAAAACAUGGUGGUGACACAGCUUCAGUGAAGGGGUCUCUAUCACAAGCAGAAUCACAGUCUACAUCAUCCUCAACUCAGGUAUCACGCUGUCAAAGUUUUGCAGAUAGACCUCAUGCCCAUCCUCUUCCACUUCCGAGGGUGCACUCAAGCAUGACAUGUAGACGCUCAGGACAUGGUGGUACAAAGCCAAUGCUAGAAAAACGUGGCAAAGCGCAGCUGUUGUUGCCUCUUCCAACACCUAAUCAUGUUCCUGUAAGACUAGAUACUGCUGAUAUUUAUGGAGAUUUGACUACUGCAUCUGUUUCUAGCAAUUGCUCCGUUGAUAGUGAUGAUUCUCAACUUCAUAGCCCUGUGGGGAAUGAUUUUGAAAAUGGCAGCGGGAGAAUUAUGCAUUACCCUUCCAGUGUGGCACAUAGAGAUCAUUCUCCUAUCAACAAUCUUAAAAGCUCUAAGGAGACAGCAAAGUCAGCUAGUGCACUAUGCAAUAACCAAAGCCUCUCUUCAUCACCUAAGAAAGGAACUUUGGGCAUUUACCAGUCCAAUAAUCAAAUUCCUUACCACAGUGCUCCUGGCAGUGUUCCAGAUAGCUCGAUGUCAAGUCCUUCUCGAAGUCCCAUGAGAGUAUUUUGCCCUGAGCAAAUUCUGACUUCUGUUUUUUGGUCAGCAAAGCCCUACCCAGAUGUCAACUUCCUUGGAUCUGGCCAGUGCUCUAGUCCCUGUUCUGGUCAGACCUCUGGGCAUAAUUCAAUGGGAGGGGAUAUGUCUGGACAGUUAUUUUGGCAACACAGCAGGGGUAGCCCAGAGUGUUCGCCAAUUCUGAGCCCAAGAAUGACAAGUCCUGGUCCCAGCUCUAGGAUACAUAGUGAAGCUGUUUCUCCAUUGCAUCCACAGGCUGGAGGAACAACACCAGAAUCCCCUACAAGUCGGGCUGAUGAGGCGAAGAAACCGUCCCACCGUUUGCCACUGCCACGAAUAAAUAUUUCCAAUAGCUCACCUUUUUUGUCAAUGAAUUCUGCGUUAAAUACUCUUUCCUUGAUACAUAGCCCUGGAAGGGCAGAUAAUCCCCCAAGUCCUGGGCCUCGAUGGAAGAAAGGGAAGCUGAUUGGGCAUGGCACAUUUGGACUUGUUUAUGUUGGCUUCAACAGUGAGAGUGGUGAAAUGUGUGCUAUGAAAGAGGUUACUCUUUUCUCUGAUGAUGCUAAGUCAAAGGAAAGUGCAAAGCAAUUGGCGCAAGAAAUUGCUCUGUUGAGUCAGUUACGGCACCCAAAUAUAGUGCAGUAUUAUGGAUCUGAAAUGAUAAAUGACAAACUUUACAUUUAUCUGGAGUAUGUUUCUGCUGGUUCCAUCCACAAACUUCUUCAAGAAUAUGGACAGUUUGGAGAAGUAGCUAUUCGCAGCUAUACCCAACAAAUCCUUUCAGGCCUUGCAUAUUUGCAUGCGAAGAAUACGGUGCACAGGGACAUAAAAGGAGCAAAUAUACUUGUGGACCCAAACGGACGUGUAAGAUUGGCGGACUUCGGGAUGGCAAAACAUAUUACUGGGCAGUCAUGCCCCUUUUCGUUUAAAGGAAGCCCAUAUUGGAUGGCGCCUGAGGUUAUUAAAAAUGCAAAUGGCUGUAACCUUGCUGUGGAUAUAUGGAGCCUUGGGUGUACCAUUUUGGAGAUGGCUACCACAAAACCACCUUGGAGCCAGUAUGAAGGGAUUGCAGCCUUGUUCAAGAUUGGGAACAGCAAGGAACUUCCGGCAAUCCCUGAUCAUCUCUCAGCUGAUGGAAAGGAUUUUGUUAGGCAGUGUCUACAGCGUGAACCAUCGAACCGUCCUACAGCUGCUGAGCUUCUGCAGCACCCAUUCGUGAAAAAUCCGGCCCUACUGGAAAAAUCUGUUUCUGUUUCCGAUCCCUUUUCACUGCCAACAUCUGUUCCAUGCGGAACAAACUUCAAGGGUUCUGGGCAUCAGCUCAGAGGUGUCACUCCUACUGUAGUAAGCCGGGAUAGUCGUACAAGGAACAUGUCUUGUCCUAUCUCCCCCAUUAGAAGUCCUAUGUUAAAUGCUAGGUCUUCACGGCAUAUCAAUGGAAGGAUAUCCUCUCGACUAUCAAGCCCUAUAGCCACCUCAGGUUCAUCAACUCCUAUAACAGGUUGUGGUGAUGCUAUCCCAGUCAGUCAGCCAAAGUACUUGUCUUCCCUUCACGAGGGAUUCACACAUGCACCAAGGGUCCUAAAUAGUCGCCAUGCUAGCGCUUCUACUUAUGACCCCGAGCUUGAUAUUUUCCGGGGAGCGCAGAAAGGCUCCCUUCUCUGGGGGAAGUGAUGUCUUCUGAAACUGACAUUCUCAGCCCUCCAUUUGGAAGACUAGCAUAUGGAGAUCGCCGAGAACCAUGCAAUGGGCAAUUUAAUUUGCUGUCUCAUCAACUGUUGAGAGAUCAUGUGAAGCUAAACUCAAAGCCAAAUCUUUCAUCCUGGUUCUCGUAGUCCUUGGCUGCUCAAAUGGUACCUGACUCAGAGAAAGAGCUGGUCACUGAGGAAGUCUUUUUUUCCCUGAGAGCUUCUUUGAUUAUUCAAUUGGUUCCUUGUCUCCCCAUCAAGCAGCUGAGGAUUGAAUCUUGUACAAUAAAGCCCAAAGUGGAGACCCAUGGAAUAUUUGUCUGGCUGGAGGCUGAGGCUGAAGUGGCUAAGUGGGCAUUUUCACCUGCAACUCCAUACUUGAACUUCACAUUGCUAAUCUCCAGAGUAGAAGACUGUCAACCUGCUGACAUUUGGAUAUUGAUGUUGAAUUGUAUGAGACAAAGGCAAUCGGUGAUUGUUUUGAUUUUUGAGCAAACAACUUUUGACACCAUUGGCAAUGAAUCCUGACUAUGGAUAAUGUAUAUCUGACAUCAUGAUAUAAAUUAAAAGAGCAGGAUACAAGAAUACUAGGACUUGCAACAAGUUGCCUUGUUUGUGCAAAGGCCAUUGUAAGUAGGACAGAAGAUUGGAUGAGUCCAAAUAUUGCUUCAGGAAGAGCCCUGGGCAUCCAGUGCUGGUCAUCAUCUUUGGCCAAUACAUUGCUGUCAGUUUGGGCAGAAAUGCUUCUGUAAAAUUUGAUUUCUGGCUUCUAAUUUAAAUGCUUCUGCAAAUUUUACUUCAUUGCUGUUCAUUGUACAUCACAUCAGGGAAACUGGAAUGACAUCCCGCAUUUUGCAUUUACUCGGGAAUUUGAACUACUAUUGUCA